CUGCGUCUCCCCCACCACCACCACCACCGCCCCCGCCGCUCCAAGAUAUCCACUAGUGGCCACCGCGCCACGCCACGCCACGCCAAGCCCACGCCGCCGUCUCCCUCCCUCCCUCCUUCCCCUAUAAACCCCCCCGCGCCCGCCCCCACCAGCCUGGUCGGCGGCGGCGGCAGCGGCAGCGGCGGCAAUCUUGAUUCUUGAAGCGGACCGCCGGUGUCCACCACCUCCCUUCCGCCUCCAUGCUGCGCUGCCACACGCCGCCGCAAUGCCGCCUCGGCGCGGGCUCGGGGCUGCUGCGGCGGCGCGAGAUGGUGCCCGGGGCCGUGGUGCGGUGCCGCGCGCAGCAGGUGUCCGGGGUCGAGGCGGCGGCGGCGGUGGAGGGUGCGGGUGCGGGUGGGGGGAGGCCGAGCAUGGCGGAGCGGCUGCGGCUGGGGAGCCUCCUGGAGGACGGGCUGUCCUACAAGGAGGGCUUCAUCGUGCGGUGCUACGAGGUGGGCAUCAACAAGACGGCCACCGUCGAGACCAUCGCCAACCUCCUCCAGGAGGUGGGGUGUAACCAUGCACAAAGUGUUGGGUUCUCCACUGAUGGUUUUGCUACGACUACAACAAUGAGAAAACUUGGUCUAAUUUGGGUGACCAACCGAAUGCACAUUGAGAUCUACAAGUAUCCAGCAUGGGGUGAUGUUGUGGAGAUCGAGACUUGGUGCCAAGAAGAUGGAAGGAUCGGUACUCGGCGUGAUUGGAUCCUUAAGGAUCUGGCUAAUGGUGAAGUUAUUGGCAGAGCUACCAGCAAAUGGGUCAUGAUGAACCAAAAUACACGCAGACUACAAAGAGUGAGCGAUGAUGUGAGGGAUGAGGUUUUUGUACACUGUCCAAAGACUCCAAGAUUAGCGUUCCCCGAGGAAAAUAACGGCAGUUUGAAAAAGAUUCCAAUUCUUACAGAUCCUGCACAGUACUCAAGACUAGGGCUAGUGCCAAGAAGAGCUGAUCUGGACAUGAACCAACAUGUCAAUAAUGUCACUUACAUUGGUUGGGUACUUGAAAGCAUACCCCAAGAUAUUAUCGAUACACAUGAAUUACAAACAAUCACUCUUGACUACAGAAGAGAGUGCCAACAUGAUGACAUAGUCGAUUCGCUUACAUAUAUCGAGGAAGGGGAGAAGAGUUCCAACGGAUCCGCAUUUGCUGCACCGCACCCAGAAGAGCAGCGUCAGUUCUUGCACUGCUUAAGAUUUGCUGGGGCCGGGGACGAGAUCAACCGUGGCCGCACCGUGUGGAGGAAGCUAGCUAGAUGAAAAAUCCCCUUGUGUUGUCCAUACAGUCCCAUGUAUUCUGAUCCUUCCAUUUGUUUCACCCUUUUACUGUUGGUAUCUAUCUGGCUUGGCUCUUUCAGAGAAUCGAUUGUACCCCCCAAAUUUUGUGUCAAUUUGUUACCUUUGUAUGUACUGUGUAACAGUGAAAAGUUUGUGACAUUCUAUCUGCCUUUGCUGGAGUUGUGCGUUGCUG